GUGGGUUCAAGUCGACACUCGACACGCAAGCCAUACAGGUAGGUUAGCUAUCACGGUUUGUCGCGUUUCGUGGUUCCGUCUGAAGUGUCCGCUUUGAUAACCGAAUAUCGCGAGAUGCCUAAGGUUUUGUGACCAGUGGUUAGUGUCUGUGAUCACUAAAGUGUUCGUUGUGACCAAGUGUUUGUGAUAUGACGAGCUCAAGUGCCGCAGAAUAGAGGAACAACAGCGGAUCUAACGAUCAAAAGUGUUGACCACAUGUCGGCAACAUCAUGGUGAUCGUUACCAGAGGAGAUUACAUAUGGAUCGAGCCGGUAUCAGGUCGGGAAUUCGAUGUAGCGAUUGGGGCCAGGGUGCUGGCUGCCGAGGGUCGUCGCAUAAGGGUCAAAGACGACGACGGUCAGGAGCAAUGGCUGCCACCGGAGCGACGGAUCAAGGCCAUGCACGCCACGUCGGUGCACGGCGUCGAGGAUAUGAUAUCCCUCGGUGAUCUGCACGAAGCUGGCAUCCUGAGGAACCUCCUCAUCCGUUACAAUGAUAAUCUAAUUUAUACAUACACAGGCUCAAUUUUAGUCGCAGUCAAUCCAUAUCAAAUUCUACCUAUAUACACGGCAGACCAAAUAAAGCUAUACAAAGAGAGGAAGAUUGGAGAGCUGCCGCCACACAUAUUUGCCAUUGGAGACAAUGCUUACGCACACAUGCGGAGAUUUGGACAAGACCAAUGUAUUGUGAUCAGUGGGGAAUCUGGAGCGGGGAAGACGGAGUCCACGAAGCUGAUAUUGCAGUAUCUGGCAGCUAUAAGUGGAAAACACUCAUGGAUAGAGCAACAGAUUUUAGAAGCGAAUCCUAUCCUCGAAGCAUUUGGAAAUGCGAAGACUGUUAGAAAUGACAACUCAUCCAGAUUCGGAAAAUAUAUUGACAUCCACUUUAACAGUAACGGUGUCAUAGAAGGAGCCAAAAUAGAACAAUAUUUAUUAGAAAAAUCAAGGAUCGUAUUCCAAGGCCCUGAAGAGAGAAAUUACCACAUAUUCUACUGCUUGCUAGCUGGCCUCUCCAGGGAAGAGAAAAAGAAACUUGAGCUGGGAGAUCCAUCAGAAUACAGAUAUUUAUCUGCAGGAGGAAACUUUAGCUGUGAAGGUAGAGAUGAUGCAGCGGAGUUUGCAGACAUCCGUUCUGCAAUGAAAGUUCUUUUAUUUACAGAACCAGAAAUAUGGGAAAUACUUAAGUUAUUAGCUGCUGUGUUACACUGCGGUAACAUUAAAUAUGAAGCUACUGUUGUAGAUAAUCUAGACGCGACUGAAAUAAUAGAACAAGCAAAUGUUAGGAGAGUUGCAAAUUUACUAGGUGUGCCUGUACAAUCACUCAUCGAUGCUCUAACUAGAAAAACUUUAUUUGCAUCUGGAGAAACUGUUGUAUCGACACUAAGCAGAGAACAAUCAGUAGAUAUAAGGGAUGCGUUUGUGAAAGGAAUAUAUGGACGACUAUUCGUAACAAUAGUUAGAAAAAUCAACGCAGCAAUAUACAAACCGAAAGCAACUACACGUACUGCUAUUGGAGUACUAGAUAUAUUUGGCUUCGAAAACUUCGACCACAAUAGUUUUGAACAGUUCUGUAUCAAUUUCGCAAAUGAAAACCUUCAACAAUUUUUUGUUCGACACAUAUUUAAGUUAGAACAAGAGGAAUAUAAUCACGAGGGAAUCAAUUGGCAACACAUAGAAUUUGUAGACAAUCAAGACGCAUUAGAUUUGAUUGCACUAAAGCAGUUAAAUAUUAUGGCUUUGAUUGAUGAGGAAUCUAAGUUUCCGAAAGGCACUGACCAAACGAUGUUAGCUAAGUUGCAUAAAACACACGGUUUACACAGGAACUAUCUCAAACCGAAAUCAGAUAUAAAUACAAGUUUUGGACUUAACCACUUUGCUGGAAUAGUGUUUUACGACACGAGGGGCUUUUUAGAAAAGAACCGUGACACGUUUAGUGCAGAUCUACUUCAGCUCAUUCAUAUAUCAACCAAUAAAUUUCUUCAGCAAAUUUUCCAAAACGAUAUCACAAUGGGAUCAGAGACAAGGAAAAGAACGCCAACUCUUUCGACACAGUUUAAAAAGUCCUUAGAUUUAUUAAUGAGAACAUUGGGUACUUGUCAGCCAUUUUUUAUACGGUGUAUCAAACCGAAUGAGUUUAAAAAACCAAUGAUGUUCGAUCGAGGCUUAUGUUGUCGUCAGUUAAGGUAUUCCGGUAUGAUGGAAACGAUCAGGAUAAGACGAGCGGGUUAUCCGAUCAGACACAGCUUCCGUGAAUUCGUUGAGCGAUAUCGGUUCUUAAUCUCUGGUAUUCCACCGGCUCAUAAAACCGAUUGUCGUAGUGCAACUUCCAAGAUUUGCGCAACGGUGCUCGGUAAAUCUGAUUAUCAGCUAGGCCAUACCAAAGUAUUUUUAAAGGAUGCCCAUGAUUUGUUCCUCGAGCAAGAAAGAGACAGAGUAUUGACACGAAAGAUAUUGAUAUUGCAGAGGUCAAUUCGUGGUUGGGUUUAUCGGAGACGGUUCCUGAAAAUGCGUGCUGCAGCGAUCUUGAUUCAGCGGCAUUGGCGAGGGAAAUUGCAGAGAAUACGAUACAAUAAAAUGAAGGUUGGAUAUGCGAGGCUGCAGGCAUUAAUACGAGCCAGAGUACUGGCCCAUAGGUUUAGACAUCUCAGAGGGCAUAUCGUGUCGCUGCAGGCGGCAGCUCGCGGCUACUUGGUGCGUCGGUCAUAUGGGCACAAGAUGUGGGCGAUCGUGAAGAUACAAAGUCACGCGAGAAGACUGAUCGCCAUGAGGAGGUACCGUCGGAUGAGGCAGGAGGCACUGGCGCACAGCGAGGCGUUACGUCUCCGCAGACAGGAGGAGCAGCGACUUCAGCAUCAGGGCAACUCACGGGCUAAGGAGAUCGCCGAACAGAAUUAUAGGGAACGAAUGUAUGAAUUAGAACGGCGGGAGGCAGAAUUGGCUCUGGAAGAGAAGCGUCAGUUGGAAGCGAAGAGAACGCUCCUGCAGGAGGCUGCUCGGAAACAAGACGAGCCAGUCGAUGACAGCAAACUAGUUGAAGCCAUGUUUGAUUUCUUGCCGGACUCCAGCAGUGAAGCACCAGCGCCUAAAGAUACCUCUGUGUUUAGUGACCUGCCCCAACAGAGGGCUGAUCAACAAGAGAUGGUCACACCGAUGCAAACCACGUCUGAAGAUGAAGAGGACUUGUCUGAAUUUAAGUUCCAGAAGUUUGCUGCAACAUACUUCCAAGGAAAUGUGACUCACCAAUAUUCCAGGAAGCCACUAAAGCAUCCACUUUUACCCUUACACACUCAGGGCGAUCAGUUGGCCGCCCAAGCGCUGUGGAUGACAAUCUUGAGAUUCACAGGCGAUUUGGCAGAACCUAGAUAUCACACAAUGGACCGAGAUAACACGUCAGUGAUGUCAAAAGUGACAGCAACACUGGGGAGGAAUUUCAUAAGGUCUAAAGAGUUUCAAGAGGCACAGAUGAUGGGUGUCGACCCUGAUGCCUAUCUUAACAAACAAAAGCCGAGAUCUAUCAGACAUAAGCUGGUCUCGUUGACAUUGAAGAGGAAGAACAAGCUGGGUGAAGAUGUAAGGCGGAAAUUGCAGGAUGAAGAAUACACAGCAGACAGUUAUCAGUCAUGGUUGGAGUCCAGACCAACUUCUAACUUAGAAAAGCUUCACUUCAUUAUCGGUCAUGGCAUUCUUCGAGCUGAACUAAGAGAUGAGAUAUAUUGCCAAAUUUGUAAACAGCUGACCAACAAUCCAUCGAAAUCAUCACAUGCUCGUGGAUGGAUAUUAUUAUCACUCUGCGUUGGCUGUUUUGCCCCAAGUGAAAAAUUCGUCAACUACCUCAGAGCCUUCAUAAGAGAAGGACCACCUGGUUACGCUCCAUACUGUGAAGACCGUUUAAAAAGAACAUUUAAUAAUGGCACAAGAAAUCAGCCGCCGUCAUGGUUAGAAUUGCAAGCAACAAAAUCAAAAAAACCCAUAAUGUUACCAAUUACUUUUAUGGAUGGUAACACCAAAACUUUACUGGCAGACUCUGCCACAACUGCUAGGGAAUUGUGCAAUCAAUUGUCGGACAAAAUUGGAUUAAGAGACCAAUUCGGUUUCUCCUUAUACAUUGCGCUCUUUGAUAAAGUUAGUUCUCUUGGAAGUGGCGGUGAUCAUGUAAUGGAUGCGAUAUCGCAGUGUGAACAGUAUGCCAAAGAACAGGGAGCUCAAGAGCGAAACGCUCCAUGGAGAUUAUUCUUUAGAAAAGAAAUAUUCGCACCUUGGCACGAUCCUACUGAAGAUCAAGUUGCCACUAAUCUUAUUUAUCAACAAGUUGUUAGAGGCGUGAAGUUUGGUGAAUACAGAUGUGACAAAGAGGAAGACUUAGCAAUGAUCGCGGCGCAACAAUAUUACAUUGAGUAUAACCAGGAUAUGAACAAUGAACGUCUGUACACCCUUUUGCCAAAUUACAUUCCAGAUUAUUGUUUGACUGGGGUUGAUAAGGCUGUUGACCGAUGGAGUGCUCUAGUAGUUCAAGCGUACAAAAAAAGUUACUAUGUUAAAGAGAAAGUUCCUGCAUAUAGAGUUAAAGAAGACGUGGUGAGUUAUGCUAAGUUCAAAUGGCCUUUGCUGUUCUCUAGAUUCUAUGAAGCGUACAGAAAUUCUGGACCAAACUUACCUAAAAAUGAUGUUAUUAUUGCUGUUAAUUGGACAGGUGUGUAUGUUGUUGACGACCAGGAGCAAGUACUGCUCGAGUUGUCUUUUCCAGAAAUCACUACAGUGUCAAGUCAGAAAACCAAUAAAGUGUUUACGCAAACGUUUAGUUUAUCUACAGUGCGCGGCGAGGAAUUUACUUUCCAAAGUCCAAACGCAGAAGAUAUUCGCGAUUUAGUUGUUUAUUUCUUGGAGGGCCUGAAGAAGAGAUCAAAAUUCGUUAUAGCUCUACAAGACUACAAAGCGCCUGGUGAAGGGUCUAGUUUCCUUACGUUUCAAAAGGGAGACCUAAUAAUAUUAGAGGAGGAUAGUACAGGAGAAUCGGUAUUAAAUAACGGUUGGUGUAUUGGCCGCUGUGAAAGAACAAUGGAUAGAGGUGACUUCCCUGCUGAAACUGUAUAUGUACUGCCUGCUUUAACGAAACCUCCACCUGAUAUAUUAUUAUUAUUCUGCCAAGAAGGUGCCCAACAUGGUCGACGAGCUCCCACUAGUACAUUCAACGGAACAGACGCGAGAGAUAAGCCUCACACACUAUUAGAAUAUGCGCUAGAUCACUUCAGGCUACCACCAAAACGAACCACUAGCAAGACAUUAACACUGUCUUCAGCUAAAAGAGGUGGCGCUGAAGAAUUGUGGCGACAUUCAAGAGAUCCUAUCAAACAACCUUUACUAAAGAAACUACAAGCCAAAGAAGAACUUGCUGAAGAAGCAUGUUUUGCUUAUACUGCUAUACUCAAAUACAUGGGAGAUCUACCUUCCAAGCGUCCAAGAAUCGGCAACGAGUACACAGAUCAUAUAUUUGAUGGACCUCUCAAACACGAAAUACUUCGCGAUGAAAUAUACUGUCAAAUAAUGAAGCAGUUAACGGAAAAUAGAAACAGAAUGUCAGAAGAAAGAGGAUGGGAAUUGAUGUGGUUAGCAACGGGCUUGUUUGCCUGCAGCCAAGGGCUUUUGCGAGAAUUAACUUUGUUCCUAAGAACUAGAAGAUAUCCAAUCGCUCAAGACUCACUUCAACGGCUUCAAAAGACAUUGAGGAACGGUCAGAGAAAGUACCCUCCACAUCAAGUAGAAGUGGAAGCUAUCCAGCAUAAAACAACUCAGAUAUUCCACAAGGUUUAUUUCCCUGAUGAUACUGACGAGGCUUUCGAAGUAGAUUCAUCUACAAGAGCGAAAGAUUUCUGCCAAAAUAUAGCGCAGAGAUUGAAUCUUAGAUCUAGUGAAGGGUUUAGUUUGUUUGUUAAGAUCGCGGACAAAGUUAUAUCAGUUCCAGAAGGUGACUUUUUCUUCGAUUUCGUGAGACAUUUGACGGACUGGAUAAAGAAGGCAAGACCGACACGGGAUGGAAUUACUCCUCAGUUCACAUACCAGGUGUUCUUUAUGAAGAAGCUAUGGACGAACACGGUACCGGGGAAGGAUCGCGCUGCGGACGUGAUCUUCCAUUUCCACCAGGAGUUACCAAAGUUGCUACGGGGCUACCACCGCUGCGGGAAAGAAGAAGCGUCUCGGCUUGCCGCGCUGGCUUACCGCGCUCGGUUUGGAGAGAACAAGCAGGAGUUGCAAGCAAUACCGCAAAUGAUCCGUGAAUUAGUGCCAGCUGACCUGAUAAAGCUACAAAGUUCAGCCGACUGGAAACGCGCCAUAGUAGCCGCGUAUAACCAAGACGCGGGCAUGACCCCCGAAGAUGCCAAGAUCACUUUCCUCAAGGUUAUAUACCGGUGGCCCACGUUCGGCUCGGCGUUCUUCGAAGUAAAACAGACUACGGAACCCAAUUAUCCGGAGUUGUUGCUCAUCGCCAUAAAUAAGCAUGGUGUUAGUCUGAUUCAUCCACAAUCGAAGGAUAUCUUGGUGACACACCCGUUCACAAGGAUCUCGAACUGGUCAUCAGGUAACACCUACUUCCAUAUGACGAUAGGCAACCUCGUGCGAGGCUCCAAACUCCUGUGCGAGACCUCCCUGGGAUACAAGAUGGACGACUUACUUACCUCCUACAUAUCGCUCAUGCUCACCAAUAUGAACAAACAACGUUCUAUGCGCGUUAAAUGAGGCGGGAAUCCUAACGUAAUAUUGUCUUGUAUUCACGGAUUGAAAUAAAAACUCUUUGAACGGAUAUCUUUUUAAAAAGUAAGGCCCCCGUUCAAGUUGUUUUUUUUUUCUAAAGAAAUAGGCAAUGACAGUCAACAGCUUAAAAUUUUCGUGUAUGGUUUUGUAUUGUUUAUGUUUAUGAUCAAUAUUUAAAUCAAAGUCCGCUUAUAAAUAUUAUUGAUGAUGCUACAGAUAAACUAUUAAGUGAUAUAUCUCAAGAAGUUUUUAAAUUAAUUACACAAAUUUAUAGAAUAUAGGGUAUUUAAAAAGGGGAUCAAUAUAAUAUUAUUAAAACAGAAAACUUGAAUUCAUAUUUUUACUAAGUUAUAGAUUGAGCUGUAGCUUGAAAUGGGGACCAAUAUUUCUACAAUAAUUUUAAUGUUUUUAUAAAAUUUACAAACAUGUCCGUCCAAGAAUUAUUUAAAAAUAUUUUUUAAGUCUCAUCAACAAAUGGCGUAUCUAUAGGUAUCCUGUAGGUAUCUAGAUAUAAUCAACUACAAAAAUGAUAUGUAUUAAUACUAGGACAAAGUUAAAAUAUAUAUCAAAAUUGUGCAAUAGUUGUUAUCCUAUGUCGUCCUGUAUUAAAUAAUUACACUCCUGUGAUUCCUGGUUUCUAUAGAGUAAGGGCGAAGGUUAUCCCUUGUCAUGUCACUCAGGUGACCCGUACUAGGUGAUCACUGUACUAGGUACCUGCUGUACCCAACUGGAAAAAAUUGCACAUUAAUAAAAAAAUUGGAGUGAAAUUUACUCAUGCCUUUUGUAAUGAUUAAUUCCUAAUAUAUAAUUAAAUUUUAUAUAACAUUAUCAUAUAAUUAAACUUUAUAAUUUCAGUAACAAUAAAACCCAAAGUAAAACUCCAAAAUAGUAAUACUAGAAUUAUUUUUAAUCAUUUUGGAACUCCAUUAUAUAUAGCUCUAUAUUAGCUAUAGCUUCUAUCUAAAUCAAUCUUAAUGUAAAUAAAGUUGGAAGAGAUUUAGAAAUAACCAUAGGCCUAAAGAUUAAAUUUGAAUGAUAAAAAAAUAAUUAAAAACAUCAAUGUCUGGAAUUGAAAUUUAAUAAUAAAAUACAGUUGAGCCUAUAUGAUCUACGACCGUUGCCCGACAAAGCGGGAAAAAUUGAAAAAAAAAAAUCUUAAAAGAUCAAAAACUUUUUUUAUUUCUAUUUUUAUUAUUAGAAAAGGAAAAUGGAAUUGAUGAAAGAUGACAUGAGAUAACUUGAUUGGACUGUUUUGUAAAACAAAAUACUUAAAAUAAAUACCAAAUUAAAUAAAAAUAACGACAAGGCAGUAAGGCCCCGGGCUUUAGUCUGUUCGCAAGUACGAAUAAAAAAAAAUUUAAACGUUUCUCAGAGUAAUGGAUCAGACUACAAUUCGCUUAAUAAUUAAUUCAAUACAGUAAUAUUUUGUAUUUUUAUAUAAAUACCUACUUAACAUAUGCAAUCAAGAUCUGUUAAUAUUUAAAUAUAUUUAUUUGGUUAAGGUGUAGCAUGUUAUGAGAGAGUAUGGUAACGUGGAUUUUGUUAAGCAAAAUACGUUUAUGUUAAUCUAGUUAUAAAAUACAAAUUAUAAUAAUAAUAAUUGUGUAAUGCAUAAACUAUUAUUAUAUAUAGCGUAGCUUUGCCCUGUUUAUAAUAAUAGUAUUUUACGUCUUAUAGGACAAUAGGCUUUGCAACAAAUUUAAACGCAUAUUUUUGUUAAUGAACGGCAUAUGAAUUAAGUCUUAACUUUUAUAUAAAGCUUAUAUUACAUAAAGCUAAUUAAAAAUGUAACUUCGUGAUUAAGUUCAUACUCACAAUAUUAUACGGAAUGUAACAGUAAAUCUAAGGCAGAAUUAUCUGCUCUGCAAUGUUACUUAUACAAAAAAAAACUUUAUUUCUUAGCAUGAUAAGCUGUAACGCAAACAACUGUAUUUUUUAUCAAUCUACUUUCGAUUACGCGCGAAAAUGGGCUGCCGAUUAUGACGUCGCGCUUCAGAACGACGUGGCGUCAUUCAUGUUCUCGUAAUUUAGACUUAUUUUAUUAAAUAUACCUAUUUUCAAUAUUUAUAUCAAAUCUGGGUCAUUUUGUAGAAUCCUUUCGAUUAACAUUUUUUCUUACAACCAUCUAUUAUUUAAUUCUAUAGUACUCUGUCUUUAUUGCCAUUGUCUACAAACGCAUCAAAGUUUCGUAAUGAUGAAUGAUAGUUAUUUUGUACACGACAUACAUGCUUACGGUUUCGUAUUUCUUUGUUGUGGUAACUAUGUUUUUUGUUUAUUAAGUUUUUAAGCUUACCAAGAGUAAUCCAGAGCAUUAAAACUUAUUAUCGGCAUUAUUCUUGAAGGGAUAUAUUUAAACGUGUCAUAUUAACCAAAAACUCUUCAGCCCAUAAAAGCGCCGCUAGAAAGUAGUAUUGCUUCGCAACAAAUAAUCUGAUUAAAUUAUGUUAUCAUGGUAUAAGAUAGAAGGGUAUUUAAUGUUUGCUAUAGCCUUAAUGAGUUGUAUAAUAUAUUAUAUUUAGCUGUAUAAAGCGGUUUUGUAAUGCCAUGUGUCAAUCUGUAUACAGUAUGUUAUAAUGUUCGCUGUUUCGCUUAAGUAAAGCCUUUUGUGAGUGGUUGUUAACAAGAGUCACA